CGUACAUUGAUGUACUUAUGUAAAGCAGUCCACAGUUCUAGGUUGACAUUAAACCACUAGUAAUUUACUUAAGUUUGAUGAGAUACAUCAGUUUGUAAUUAAUAAUAUGUUUCUAAAUACAUUGAAGUUUGCUAACAGUAGAUUGAAAAUUGUUUUAAAAUAUUCAACAGUGGCUGCAAAAUGUUGGAAGUGUGGUGUCAGUAGGCAAAGCCAGGUAGAUUUGUUCUGUGAGAAAUGCAAUGUUAUUCAAGCACCAACAAAGGAAGGAAACUUCUUCAAAGUUUUCAAUUAUCAAAACAGUUAUAAUGUGGACAUGAAGGACUUAACAAAUAAAUACAGGAAAAUGCAAAGUGUUCUGCAUCCAGACAAAUUUACAAACAAGAGCAAAGAGGAGCAACAAAUCUCAGAAGAAUACUCAUCAUUAGUGAAUAAAGCAUACAACACUUUACAGAUCCCCUUGAGUCGUGCAUUGCAUUUGCUGUCUUUACAUGGGGAAGUUAUCACUGAGAAUGACAAAGCUACAGAUCAAAAUUUCCUGAUGGAGAUGAUGGAAUUGAAUGAAGAAAUUGAAGAAGCAGAAACACCUGAUGCACUCAAAGCUUUGGAUUUGAAGAACAAGCAAGUUUUAAGUCAGCUAGCUUUGGAUAUAGCAAAAACUUUUGAUGGUGGCAAUAUAGCAAUGGCCAAGGAAUUAAUAAUCAAAAUGAAAUACUUCAACAGUUUAGGCAUGAGAAUUAACACUUUGUUAAGGGAUAGAGGCAUUGUUGAUUAAAUUAAAAAAAUAUUUUGUGGUUA